AUGAGGAACAAGAGCACUGGCAAACCAAGCCCCAGAGGUCAAGCUCGGGUAGGCGCGGGAAGAAGAGGGCGGCCACGUGGCUUGGCUAGAAACCGCAAAACGAUCUCUCCCGGCCAGCAUCCAACAUCCACGUCCCCUUCGCCUGUUACAGUCCUCCGACCAAUGUGGCCUUUCUUCGCUGCUAGCUCUAUCACGUUCUACCUCGUUUCAAAGAUGCAAGACAUGGGUGUCCGAUCGGAAGAGUAUGCUAAGGAUCCUCGCAACCCCUACGUCGCCCAAAUUGCCAAAGAGGCGCAUCAUUAG